ACAGUUGGACGGUAGUGACUGUCCAAAGCGGAAGUAUGCUAUGAGAAUUGGCAUAAACAUGGCGGUUUCGGUGAGCGGCAGAAGGAGAGAAACAAGAACACUUUCGCAACUAAACUCCGUCUCUGUUUUUUACCCAGUCUUAGUACUUUACUGUUUGUCGGUGCUGCCUGUCGUGGCCAAGCGGGACAACCUGAGAGUGAUCACGGACGAGAACUGGGAGGAAAUCCUGACUGGAGAAUGGAUGAUUGAAUUUUAUGCUCCAUGGUGCCCAGCAUGCCAGCAGCUGCAGUCUGUGUGGAAGGAAUUUGCAGACUGGGGUGAGGACAUUGGGGUCAGCAUCGCUAAAGUGGAUGUAACUGAGCAGCCUGGAUUGAGUGGCAGGUUUAUCAUCACAGCGCUUCCAGCCAUAUACCACUGUAAAGAUGGAGUGUUUCGGAGGUACCAGGGUGCACGCACUAAAGAAGACUUCCUGAGCUUCAUUGAUGAGAAGAAAUGGCAGAACAUUGAGCCUGUUUCCUCUUGGUUUGGCCCUUCCUCUUUAAUGAUGAAUAUGAUGUCUGCUCUUUUUAAGCUGUCCAUGUUUAUCAGGCAAUGCCAUGCCUACCUAACAGAGCAAGUCGGGAUUCCAGUCUGGGGUUCUUACAUCAUUUUCGGCUUAGUAACCCUCUUCUCUGGACUCACCCUAGGACUGGUGCUGGUGUUUUUUGCCGAUUUUGUAUUUCCAUCACGCCGCUUUUCUUCUUCAGCUUACUAUCAGAAGAAGCACGCAAUGGAGCAGGCACGCCUUCGGCAGCAGUUGGAGGAAGAGCAGGAGGCUGAUGGGGAGGAAGAGGAGGAUGAAGAUGAAUAUGUUGGGAGUGUGGAGGAGUGGAGCAGAGAAGGUGUGAAAGAGGACACUGUGAGGAGGAGAGCAGCAGGAGGAGGCGAGGAGGAGGACACCUAGAGACCUGGAGAGGAAAUGUGAAUCACGACACCAGACCAACAAAAUCGCUAUGGAAACGCACGCUCACGCCAACAUGGCAAGCAUCCUAAUGACAUCACUGAUGAUGUCAGAGCUCUCACUGUGUGUGUGCCCUGUAUCCUUCCCUUCAGUUCCUCAGUUCCACCUUCCUUUCCUUCUGUGUGAGAGAGAGAAAGAAGGGAAGGACUGGGAGAGAAAGAUGGAAGUAGAAGAGUCAGGCAGGGGCCAGGACAUAAAAAUGUAUGAGAUUUAUUGUUUAUGAAAUGAACUUUUUGGCUUUUUAUUUAUCUUUCAGCUGAACUAAUACUUACCUGCUUGAGCAGAGAUGACCGUUGGAGAAUUAAAAAAAAAAUUCUCAUGGCUCGUGUUUUUUUUUUGUUUUUGUUUUUUGUUUUGCUGCAUUGUUUACAUUUUAUUCAGUUAUUUAGUUUUUAUGUCAGAUACUUAAUUGAGUUUUUUGUAUCUGAAAUUUGUUAGUAUUUCAUUUACAUAACCUUUUGUUUUUCUUUUUCAGGAUAACAUUUUGCCAGAUAUUUUGUCAAUCUUUUUUUGCUUCUGUAGAAGUUAAUGAAGUUGAUGUGAUGACUGCAUUGAGACCAGCUGAUUCAUUACAAUGCCACUAAUGUAACUGUGUGAUGAACAUUAGUAGCUCAGUUAAGAGAUGUGUGAUGGUUCAUCAGCUAAAGCAUUAGUGUGCUAUUCUCCAGGAAAGAUCCCAUGCUCUAGUGUGACUGUCUAAAUAAAGUUGACUCUUCCCUUGAUA